AAGCUCAAAGCCCUAAAGAGGUUUAAGUUUAGAGGAUGAAACGACAGCUGGACACAGACACACAUCAGAGACAACGACGGGCAACUUGCCUCUCAAACGAGAAGAUACAGAGCGAGCGCUGCAGGCGAUGGAAGCCUGUCAAUCAGCAGGUGAUGAAGGUUUCAGGAGUCGUGCAGAGACGCUCUUGACCAUCUUUCAGAGUGACCUGUUUCAGGCUCUGCUGGACAUUCAAGAGUUUUAUGAGCUGACGGUGUUUGAGAAUCAGACAGAAGGUCAAGCCCUCACACCGGGACUGAAGUACCGUUACCAUGACGACGAGACGCCGCCGCUGCAGCACAGUCCCGCUCACCUGAACGUCAGCGACGCCGGACACGCCCCCAUCGACGGUAUCCACGGUUACACACCCCAGAUGCACGGGUCACCCGCCAAGCCGGUGCUGCUCCCCAGCGGUCACACACCUUACUACGCCACCUCCACUCUGGUAAGACACACACACACACACACACACACACACACACAUGAGAACAUGUGUGCUUCUGAUUGGCUGUGAGGUCAUUUCCUGUAGAAGCGUCUUACUACACGCACCUGCUGCCUGUGCACUUGAUCACUUGUCUACUUACAUGAUGUAUUUCUAGUGGACAUGAAGACAUCAAGUGUGUGUAAAACGUUUAAUUACUCUAUUUGACACACUGCAACAUGUCCGAAUUCUGAUAGCGUUCUGUUUAUUAUAAAUGCUGCUGUUUUGUUGUCUGUCGCUUUAAGAGCUCACUCUUUAAAGCAGGAUGGAUUCUGAUUGGCUGUCCAUGAUUUUUUUUAUCAUUCAUCAGCUGAUAAAUAUUGUUUCUCUGUGUCGUUAUCAUCUGUGGACUCUGCUAAUCUUUUACAUUUAGAAUGAUAUAUUUAUGGU